CACACAAACACAACAGUCUAUCUUUCUAAUCUAUUCCUUUUUCCUGAACUCCUACGGCGUAGAUCCGAGGAGUUUCAGACAGUCUUUACAAACCCUAACUCCCAAUCGCUUUUACCCACUUCUCCUCCUACUCUUUACUCUUUAUUCCUCAGAUCUUUAACUCAUCUUUAUCAGUCAUGGCUGGCUUGGCACCGGAAGGUUCUCAAUUUGAUGCUCGUCAAUUUGAUGCUAAAAUGACCGAGCUGCUUGGGACUGAACAGCAGGAGUUCUUCACAUCAUAUGAUGAGGUUCAUGACAGUUUUGAUGCCAUGGGUUUGCAAGAAAACCUUCUUAGGGGCAUCUAUGCCUAUGGUUUUGAGAAGCCAUCUGCUAUCCAGCAAAGGGGUAUUGUUCCUUUUUGCAAGGGUCUUGAUGUGAUCCAACAGGCACAAUCUGGUACAGGAAAGACUGCAACUUUCUGCUCUGGGAUUCUCCAGCAGCUUGAUUACAGCUUAGUCGAAUGUCAGGCUCUGGUUCUGGCUCCAACCCGUGAGCUUGCCCAACAGAUUGAGAAGGUUAUGCGAGCACUUGGUGACUAUCUUGGUGUGAAGGUUCAUGCCUGUGUAGGAGGUACCAGUGUCCGUGAGGAUCAGCGUAUCCUUCAAAGUGGUGUUCAUGUGGUUGUUGGUACUCCUGGUCGUGUAUUUGACAUGUUGCGCCGGCAGUCUCUUCGCCCCGACCACAUCAAGAUGUUUGUUCUGGAUGAAGCUGAUGAAAUGCUCUCUAGAGGUUUCAAGGAUCAGAUUUAUGAUAUUUUCCAAUUGCUGCCACCAAAGAUUCAAGUUGGUGUUUUCUCUGCCACAAUGCCACCAGAGGCCCUUGAAAUUACUAGGAAGUUCAUGAACAAGCCUGUGAGGAUCCUUGUGAAGCGUGAUGAGCUCACUCUUGAAGGUAUCAAGCAAUUUUAUGUCAAUGUUGACAAGGAAGAGUGGAAGCUUGAAACUCUUUGCGAUCUUUACGAAACCUUAGCCAUCACCCAGAGUGUGAUCUUUGUGAACACCAGGCGUAAGGUUGAUUGGCUCACUGAUAAGAUGCGCAGCCGUGAUCACACAGUAUCUGCCACUCAUGGAGACAUGGACCAGAACACCAGAGAUAUCAUUAUGCGAGAGUUCCGAUCUGGGUCAUCUCGUGUGCUUAUCACUACCGAUCUUCUGGCACGUGGUAUUGAUGUGCAGCAAGUAUCCCUUGUGAUUAACUAUGACCUUCCUACUCAGCCAGAAAACUACUUGCAUCGUAUUGGUCGUAGUGGACGAUUUGGAAGGAAGGGUGUAGCUAUCAAUUUUGUCACAAAGGAUGAUGAAAGGAUGCUUUUUGACAUUCAGAAGUUUUACAAUGUUGUAGUGGAGGAGCUACCAGCCAAUGUGGCCGAUCUUCUUUGAGGUGGUGGUUUUGGUUGAAUUCUUCCUUAUAUUAAGUAAUUUAAUAUUUUCUUCUUAGGUUAGUUAGAACCGCACUGGACUAAAAGUUGGAAACUGCAGUUUCUGUGAUUCGUCCUAGUUUUCCAAUUUUGUUGGUUUUGUCUUUUUGUAUUGCAAGUCCACAACAACUUCAGGUUUUGGAUGUCUUUGAAUUUUUAAGUAUAUUUGAUUUAAACUUUUGGCCUA